AUGCUCGGUGGAGAUGCGCUCGAAUCUGCUUGCCGCUCCACGAACGUUUCUGCAGCCACGCCUCCACAAGGCAGAAAAGAACGUGUUGGGGACUUCGAUUUCCCAGUCAGUCCACCUAGUUUGAACAUAAACCCAUUUGGAGAUGGUUUUCAGAAUAGCGAUGGCGGUCUGUCGGCGCUCGACAAUUCGAUGGCAGAUAUCUCAGCGUCAAAUGGCGUCACGACGGUUUCUGCCACGAUCGGUGGAAAACGUUAUACGGCCACUUUUCCAGGAGAGAACAACUCGAUCGCUACAGAAACGAGUAUCGAAAAUGUCAAUGGGCAAUCUACAGAAGUAUUCACUAUUACU